AGUGGUACUUAACAAAAGGGAUGUAUUCCUGUAAUAUCAGGAGUUGUCUCCUCCUUAAUUCAGUUCUGUAUGCACGUGCUACCCGUAGAGAUGUUGUAGAUAGAAUCUGGACGUGUGUUGAGUGACAUGGUUAGAAAGAAUGUGGCCGACACGUAAUAGGUGACAGGAACUGGCAAGUUAUGACAUGAUGUGUGUCUUAGGGCAUAUGAAAGUAAUUCUGACUGAUCGUGGGAACUGCUUGACAAUGUGCUACUCUAGGUGCAGGGUCAUUUAUAACGCUGUCCUUCCCUGCAGAUCAUUUCAGAAAUAUUCUUCAGGUGUCCUACUAUCUUCAAACUGGAAGAGGACCCAACUCCCCAAGCCGCACCUGCAGAAAAGCUUUGUGUCUGAUCAUUGUUCUGUGCUUUAUUUGCGAGACAGAAAAACCCGGACGAAAGAUGUUCUGCAGCAGACCCUGCCUUGCCAUCAAAGACACAUGCAUUUCUGUACUGCCACAGCCCCAUUUGACAUGUCAGGGUUUUCUGAUGCUCCAAGUUUGUUAGAUGCCAUCUCCGAGCAGUCCAGAACAAAAUCUGUCUCAGCGGAGGAAGCAGCCGCCUGCCUACAAACAGUGCAUUAUCUGGCAUAUGACAGCUUAAAACAUUUACAAUGGCUCCAUAUUCAUAAUGGAUCAUUGGCAUAUAUGCAACUACUUAUGAAUGAUAAAUUGACAACAGCAAUGGGAGAUAUUCUGGGAAGCUCAGGAUUUAGAUUCCUUCUGGAACGUGUGGAGAGCAAUUUAGAAACAUUGAGUACAGAAGACCUGACUUUAACUUUACUGUCACUCUUAUGGCUCGGGAUGGAGAAGCACCACAUUACAAUUAGAAGUAUGUUUCUAGAAAUGCAUGAUCGAGUGGAAACUAUGACACUCAGUCAACUCCUAACCAUGUCAGAUUGCCUGCGGGCAUUAAGACGAACUGAUAUACUUUUAGUGGGUAAAGUUGUGCAGAGGUUUGUCGAACUUGUCAAGCUCAAAGAUAUCAAGCAAAUGUCAGAAUCAGAGUUUUCAGUUAUUGCUCGUUUAGGAACAAAUGUUUGGAAUGUACAAAGCAAUCAGGCCACACUAAAGUUGGCAGAAAUAACGUCAGACUGGCUUAAUCAGGUUGAGAACAUUUCUGAUGUAAACGUUUUGAGUACUUAUUGUCGUUUGGCAAAGCGUCUUCGGACUUCUCAAAUAGAAGGGAUAAAAAUAGCAAAAGAUAAACUUGAAAAACUAGUCAAAGGUUGCUCGGACCGCUUGCAUCCUUAUCACAUAGCGGAGAUUGCACACAGCCUGAAAACUUCAAAUCAAUACGUCCAGGGUAUCUCAGAUAGUCUUCAGAAGCGCAGUCUAGAGUUGAUACGGUCAGGUGAGCUGAGCAAAAUAGGGGAGAUAGUCAAUUGCUGCUAUGCCCUUAACAGGCAAAUUUCAUACGCAGACAAGCUCUUGGUGGAGGGUACACUGUACCGCAGGAUGAAAGAUGCAGAUGUUCUCGUGCUGUCUAACAUUGCAGAUAUACUGGUGGACAUUGACUGCAAGAAUCAAGACAUCAUCCAUCUGUUUAUAAAGAUGGUGCAGAAGCACAUGCUGCACAUUUUGAAUUUUGUUACCCGUUUAUCCAAAAUUUUGCGUUUCUUGAACCUGAAUCAGUGUCAGCGCAUUGGAGGAUACGAUGAUUUGUACACAGCCAUUUUCCAGCAGCUUCAUCAGCAACAGGGCAUUCAUGUGUGGAGCAUCUCAAACUUGUCAGCAUUUCUGCUCCGUCAUGUUGACACCGUCAUCCCGGACCGACUCUAUGAGCGACUGAUGGUAGCUAUUCCACAGUGUGACCUGUCAGAAAUCCAGGCCAUCAUGACCGGACUCGGCAAGAUUCGCCGUCCUCGCAUACGCAUGCUGCAGAGCCAGGUGCAAAACCUUCAAAGUCUCAUUCAGCAAAAUAUUUCCAAACAAGUCGAUAAAAUUAACUCACUGGACAUGCUUCAUCAGAUGGUUGUCUCUCUUUGCCUGAGAUUUGAGGUGAAAGAUGUGAAUCUUCUUAAUGCCCUGAUGGACAAUUACCCCAAGUUCACAAAAAAUCUAAGUCAGGGAGGCUUCAUCAAAACUUUAAACAUUUUGAACCAGCUGAUGUACUACAGUCCACGCAUUCUUGAUGAUUUAAGUCAGUAUGCCGUCCAUAACCAUGUCGAUCUGGGAUUGGAUAGGUUCAGCUAUUUUGUGAAGACUCUGGCAUACAUCGGCUACGUACCUGUUAAUGUAGAGGCCGUUUCCCAGAUUUGUGUUCAGCUGUUUGAAGAAUCUGCAGAUGUCCUUGACCUUCCGGACAGAUUAUCAUUUGUCCUGGAUCUAUGCAAACUGCAGAUUUUUCCUGAGCGUAUUUUAAAUUCAGUUUUCAGUGUGGAAUUUAUUGAAGAAGUUGACAAAUACAUAAACGAUCACGGUGAAAGCUGCCACAGGGUGGAGGAGACUUUCAUGAAGCUGAAUCGCAGCAUGGUGCUGGAGUGUCCCAGCUUGGAUAUCCCAUGGUUCCAUGAGCAGUAUUGUCUUGACCACAUAUCUCAAGGUGACCCUGAAAGGAAUUGGAGACUGACAAAUUUCCGCGCAAAUGUGGAAUCGGUGCUUCAAGAGGUGCUGGGAGGAACAAAGUUUUAUGGGACAUCCUGUUACACACCUCAUUAUUACUACCUUUUGGAUUUUGAGUGUCUGCUAAGCUCUAAAGGACAUGUACUCCCAUAUACCGCUUCCAGCAUGGACAAUUCUCAACAGCUUGGAUUUCAAAGGGUUGCCAUCUCCAUCCUAACCCAUUCUCGGUAUUGUCGCAACGAGAAGCGCCUGAUUGGCUCGGAACAGAUGAAGAAGAGGCAUUUGGAAAUAAUGGGCUACAAAGUCGUUGAGGUGCCUAUAUUUGAGUGGAAAUCAAUGGCUCUAAGUGAACACCCUGCCAGGGCAGACUACCUGAGACAGAAAAUCUUUUCUCAUUAAACUUUGAAGAGCUGACACCCAUUUACUAAAGGAAUAUUUCCUUCAUCAUUGCAAACUUGUCCAAACUUGCCUAUAGUUGCUCAGCAUUUUGUACUUGAAGUGUGAUUUCCAAAGCAACAUUGUCAAAAUUUUUCACAACAAAAAUGGUAUUUUAUUCCUUUCACAUGUCAGCUACAAUAAGAACCUUUUUAAGUACAUUGGCCUAUGCAACACUCAAAUAUAUUUUUCUCUGGGGCCUUAUUUGAUGUGUUCAGAAUCUUGCUUCCGAAACAAAUCUAAGAUUGUUUUAGGAUGACAUUCAAAAGACAAAGACAAAGAAUAGUAACGUGGACAAAAGGUAAAAAGAAAAUGGGGUUUGUAUGGGGCCUUCAAAACCUUGAAAAGUCUGGAAUUGGAAAAUCAGGGGUUUUGUAGUUGGGCUUGGAAAAGCCUUUCUUAAAAUUCAGACUAUUAAACAAACUUGAAUUAAUGUGUCAUGUAUGUGUGAAAGACUGAAAGUUCCACUAAUGUAGGUAAUUGUACACUAGUUUAAGCUUGUAUGUGUUGAAUAUUUAUUCCAAAUGCUCUGGAAAAUAUGAAUUUUGGGCCUGGAGAAGCCAUGGAAAACCCAGGAAAUUUAAAUAUUGUAUAAACUCUUGGAAAACUGGUUGUGAGUGCUCCAUAAUCUUACCUGUAUUUACAGCAGAUGUCUUGUAUAAGAUGAAGGUUUGAAUGAGAUCUAUGUGGAUUUCAGGGAUCAUUUUAUUUCCUUGAAAAAUCUAUUCAAAUAUAAAUGGUGUGACCUUGUAAAGAUAUGUAAGGAGAAAAAUAAAUACUGACAUUUAAACUUGGACAUUGCGUCCAAAGUUCUUUUUUUUCUAGAAUACUGUCAAUAGUAAGAUGUUUUACUGAAGUGUUGUUCAUCUGUGUACAAUUUUGUUCAUAUAAAAUAGUGUUGU